UGCUGCACUAGCGCUAAACAUUCCGUGCAUUUGCAGUUCGUGCUGGAGUGAUGAUCCUCACUCACCGACUGAACUUUGAAGUUUGCACCUGGUAACUGAUAAUAUCAUCGACAGUAUAAAAAAGAAAAACCACGAUGACUUCACUGGUAUACGAUGAUCAAGCAAAGAUUUACCCCAGUAUCUCUAUGGUGGAGAAUAAAACUGACGAAAUAGGGGAGGACGACCCGCCUGACACGUACAAGGAAACAAAUGGCGGCUCCACCCUGGCGGUCGAACUGGAGGAAAACGCAAACGCCGUCAGUCUUGAGAUGGGGGAGAUUGAUGGAGUGGCCAACGAGGAGGAACUGAGCGCCGAGGAGCAGGCGCAGGCCAUCUUGAAGGAACUCCGAGGAGAUUUGACCUACGCUAUUGAGGACGUGCCUCCGUGGUACACAUGCUUACUGCUUGGGUUUCAGCAUUAUCUGACCAUGUUCGGAGCGACGCUAGCCAUCCCUCUACUCCUUGCCGACGCCCUGUGCAUCAAGGAGAAUCUGGUAGCGCAGGGGGAGCUGAUCGGGACUAUCUUCACUGUGUCUGGGCUGGUCACCCUCCUGCAGGCUACGCUAGGCGUCAGGUUACCCAUUGUACAGGGAGGAACGUUCUCGUUUCUGGGGCCGGCUCUGACAAUACUAGCCCUGGAGGGAGAAUGCCCGUCCAAUACCGGCAUACCCUCCAAUGAAUCAAUGAAUGCAACGGAGGAUCCCUCUGAUAUGGUGAUCGACGAGAAUGAACUGUGGAUGAGCAGAAUGAGGGUUGUGCAGGGAUCCAUCAUGGUCGCUUCAAUUGUAGAGGUGAUAAUAGGUUUCACCGGUCUCAUCGGGAUCAUGCUGCGAUAUAUCGGACCUCUCACCAUCGCACCCACAAUCACACUGAUCGGCUUGUCCCUAUUUGGUGCCGCUAGUAGCUUCAGUAGCGGCCACUGGGGUAUCGCGUUCCUGACUAUUGCCUUGAUGGCCCUGUUCUCCCAGUACAUAGCCAGAUUCAGCAUUCCAUGUCUUGGUUUCAGCAAAGAGGAAGGAUGCCACAAAAUCUCUUUUCCCCUCUUCAAGAUGUUCCCGGUCAUCUUGUCAGUGCUGACUGCCUGGGCCUUCUCAGCGAUCUUGACAGCUGCCGGGGCUUUCCCGUCAGACCCUGAGACCUACGGCUACCAAGCACGGACUGAUCUACGCGUGGGGGUCCUGGAAGAAUCGGCCUGGAUCAAGAUCCCAUAUCCUGGUCAGUGGGGCGUGCCACGGGUCACCAUUGCAGGAAUCUUCGGUAUGCUAGCCGGCGUCUUUGCCUCGAUCUUUGAGUCCGUGGGUGAUUACUACGCCUGCGCUCGCCUGGCUGGAGCACCACCGCCUCCAGUACACGCCAUCAAUCGCGGCAUCGGUAUCGAGGGCCUGGGCUGCAUUCUGGCUGGCGCGUUUGGAUCGGGAUCGGGAACGACGUCGUAUGGGGAAAAUAUCGGAGCGUUGGGAAUAACAAAGAUUGGCAGUCGACGAGCCAUCCAAUAUGGCGGCCUGCUGAUGGUCCUCAUGGGGAUGUUCGCCAAGUUUGGCGCCCUCUUUGUCACCAUUCCGGACCCCAUCAUCGGAGGCAUGUUCUGCGUCAUGUUCGCCAUGGUGACGGCGGUGGGCAUUUCCAACCUCCAGUUUGUCAAUCUCAACUCCACUCGUAAUCUCUUCGUGAUUGGCUUCUCGCUCAUCAUGGGGUUCAUCAUUCCGACAUGGAUCAGCGCUAAUGAGGACUUCAUUAACACAGGUGUGCCUGAGUUGGAUGGUAUCUUCAUCGUACUUCUCGAGACCAACAUGUUUGUGGGUGGAAUCAUCGGUUUCUUCUUCGACAACACCUUACCAGGUUCUGAUGAGGAUCGAGGCAUUGCUCAGUGGCGUAGCAAAUACUCGGCAGGCCAAGACCCGGCCGUCACUCGCGAGUUACUACGCACCUACGACUUCCCCUUCGGAAUGGACUGGGUUCGACGCUUCUCGUUCUUCCGAUACAUUCCCUUCUGUCCGACGUUCACCGGCUGCCCAUGUAUGUGCUGUGGGAGUGUACGCGGUCGCCUCAGGAAAUGGACCAAACGAGAUGGACAAGAACCAUAUGUACACGUCGCUUCGGAAACCAAAAUUUACAUCCCCGUACAAAAGUGAGGGAGCCAAUAUGUAAGCUGACUGCUGGAGAGGAGACUACAUUUUGCCUGACAAACAUGACAACUGCUGAUGGGGAGUCUAGCUUGUCUGUAACAUCAGUUAUGUUCAAUUUGUUAUUGCCACAACUUAAUUAUUUUGAAUGUUAUUUUUUUUUCUAAUUGUAUUAAUUUCAUUAUAUGGAUGUGUAGUAUUAUGUACAUACAAUUAAGUAUUUGAGGCAGGGACCAAAAAGGUAACGAAUUAAAGUUGGUAAUUUAUAUACGUGCUUUUUGGGUGUGGCACCCCCAAAAAUAGAUUUUCAAAUUGAAUUGAUAAUUUUCUAGCAUUACAUUAGGUAUGAGCUUUUUAAUGAGAUAUCGAACGAAAACAUUGGCCGCCUGACGAUAAGUAACCAAGCGAUGAAUUUCAACUUUUGAGUUAGACGGGUCCCACCUCUAAUUCCAAUCUGAGGCCAGUGGGAUCCACUGCGUAACUAGGUCCUGGUACCUAGUUCAAAAAUUAACAUAUUCAUGUACAGCUGAAAUGCCACUAGAUACGAAUAUUUAUAGAAAUUUCGCCCAAAAUUUUCUGAACUGAAGCGCGCUAUUAAAAACAAAUUUUAAAAUCGUAAAAAUCCCUAUGAAUGCAAACAAGCAUAUUUAUUUGUUGCAGGACAUUAUAUUCCUUUAAAAUUCGUUCGCAAUUUUGAAACAGCACGUAUAUACCAGCUUUAAGCAGUUGGAUUAUAUUUUAAGUGUUCGUAUUUUUUUGUUCACUUUAAAAGUUAAAAAAACAGUGGUGCAGCCGAAAGGCCUGGUUGGGCUUGUGGUUGGGUGGGGUUUUUUCAGUCGACUGAAAUACAGUUGAGAUUAGGAUUUUGGGAGCCUAUAAAAGAUUUACCUUAUUAACCUUUGAGAAAAAGAUCCCAGGAAGAUUUGGAAAUAUUUGGCUGAUGCAUAAAAACCACAGUAAAAGGUGUGAAUUAUUUUCAGGGUGGGGGACUAUUUUUCUGUCAUCGGUUUCAAAUAAAUCUCCGCAGUGCUCUGUUGAGUGCUUACUUGCGACUUUGCUGUUCUCAAAAGUUGGUCGUCCGAAUUGGAUGAAAGUCUGUUUGUACUAUUUAGUUUAAACGUGCUUCCAAAUGACAUACUUAUGUACCCAUAAUAUUAAUGCCGCUGUCAAGUAUAAAUUUUCUAAAAAUUGUUAAAAUAAUUAACAUAAAUUGUUUUUUUUUUGUGUUUGUGUUUUUUGUAUUAAUGCUUUUUGUAUUAAUGCUGUGUUCUGUUAUAAUGUUUGGAUUGUUGAAAGGGUUAUAUUAUGUUGACCAGAAAUAGUUUAGGAAGAAUUUCUUCCUCACAUGUUAUAGACAUUGGACCUCCUGCAGUUUCCCGUUAUAGUUUAGUUUUUAAGUUGGCAUUCUUUUGUGAUUUCUGUUGGUACACUGAGUAUAUGUCCGACUUUUUUGGAUGGUUCAAUCACUUACAAGCAUGGGCGCAGCAAAGUCGGGGGUGGGGGUGCAGGUGGGGCACUUCCCCCCCCCCCCCCAGGAAAGGGGAAAAAAAGGAAACAGAAAAGAAAAAAGAAGACGAAGAAAGAAGAGGGGCAAAUCAUAUUCCUGUUAAUUUAAUGUUUAUUUCACAACAUGGGCGUCGAUUUUUCCAUGGCAGGUGAUAUCUCCCUUGGUUUCUGGUGAGUGUCCCCCCCCCCAGAAAAAUCCUAGCGACGCCCAUGCUAACAAGGACUUUGUAUUAGGCUUACCCUUUGUACUCAGGAAUUUUUUAAUUGGAAAUUUAAUUUUAAAAAAAGUUACUUUCUUGUCCUGUUUGGUGUAGUCUAAGUCAAGUUAAGGCUUGGUGCCAUUUCUAAAUUCAAGUCAAGAUUUGUCCUGGUAGGUACGUAUGCAUUUUUGCAACUCUUCUUAAAACAAAGUUUUUCUUUGAUGCUAUUUUUGUCGUAAAGACAAAAGGAAGUGAAAAUUAAGGGGGGGGGGGAGAUAGUGCCCCUCCCCUUUCCUUUCAUUAACUCUGCCUUUUUUGUAGAGCUUAUUAAUAUUGUGUAUUUAUAUAGCAUAUUUAUGUCGAUAUUGGGACUUUGUUGCAUCAUUAUUACCCCUGCUCACUGUGAUUAUAAAUGAGUGAUACUUA